AUGAUGCCUUCACGUCGGGAGUCUACGCCAUUGCUGGUUGCAUUGCUAGCACUGGGACUUCUCGGAAGCGCUCAUGGCGCCCCAAUGUUGAAUGCUGACCAACCUUUCCCAAUCUACAUUCCUGUCCGACCUGGGCAGAAACCCUGCGAUAUCUACGUUUUUGGUGAACAGAAUGGCCGGGAUGUAUUCCUCAGCCAGACUUCACAGUAUGAAGCUGUGAACGCCGCCCCAGGACAGCCACAGCCAGAGCAGCUCUACGCCCAUGCUCAAGGGAGCGUGAUGAGUCUCCCUGUUGGUGAUCUUUCAUCUGGCCGAAUCUAUGCGCAUUGCGGCGGCAAAUUCUCGUUCAUGAAAGUCAUCGACGCCGCGGGCAAGUCAAAGAUUCAGCCAACCCCUGCUGAAGAUGCCGUGUACAACUUUGUGGAGCUCACGACCACGAGGGGAACCAUUUACAUCGACAUUUCGGCCGUCGACAUGCUGGGUAACCCGCCAUUGGGCUAUAAGCUGGAAGGAGGCCACACCGGCAAACAAGCUUGGGGAGCCAACCCCGGGUCAUUGGACCGCAUCUGCGCCGACUUGCAAAGCCAGAGUAACGCAGACGGUAUGCCUUGGGAGCAUCUCUGCGUUGAGCGGAACGGCGAGAUCCUGAGAAUUCUCUCACCAGGAGAGUACAUGAAGAACAAUCCUUCAGCAUUCGAGGAUUAUUUCAACGCACAUGCCAGAGCAGUAUACACGCAGUGGAACGCUCAGCCCAAGCAGUACAAUCUCGGCAAUGUCGGAAACGUGACUUGCGUGGGCGCCGCCGAUGGUAGUUCAGCAACAUGCAAUGGUCGGUCAUAUGGUCUGCCAACCUCUGCCGAUGUCUUCGGAUGCGCAUCUGGGCCUUUCGCCGCGGUUGCGGCGCCAGGUGACCCCCACGAGGCUCUCCGCGCUCCUUUCUGUGCCGAUUUCAACCGGGGAACUGCCAUGUCUAGCGACGCUGCGACCUCUCCUCAGAACUGGUAUAGCACCGCUGUGCACAAGGAGUUGCCAGACAUUUAUACGUUCCCCUUCGAUGACGUCCGCGUUGAUGGCUUGGCACGAGACAGCACGCUUACGAGUUCGUCGGCGACGGGGUUGACUAUCAUUAUCGGUGGGACAUGGCCGGAUGAAUAUCCCGGAUGA